AUUUUCUAUCAUGUGUAGAAAUAGGUUUUCUUCUUCAUAACCCCAUGAAAAGAGCAGGAAUAGGACAUUCACUGAUUUGGGGCAGCUAUUUGGGAGCAAGGGAGGAGGAUCCAGAGGACUGUAAAAUAAAUAAAUAAGUAAAAGGCUAAGAGGUUUUUUCAGUCUGAUUUAUAGCAGGAUGGUUGUGAGGAUACAAGGAAAAGUAAGGGAGUUACACUUGAUUUGGUUGCUUGGGAGGAAAGCUGGGGUGGAAAUGCAGCACAAAAGUAUGUGAUGUAUAUCUCCCCUUUGUCCACCAAGAUAGCAGAAGGAAUGGCCUUCCUGGAGAAGAAAAACUACAUCCAUCGUGACCUGCGGGCUGCCAAUAUCCUGGUGUCAGAAAGCCUCAGCUGCAAGGUUGCAGAUUUUGGGUUGGCCCGCCUUAUGAAGGAUGACGAAUACACUGCUCAAGAGGGAGCAAAGUUCCCAAUUAAAUGGACAGCCCCAGAGGCCAUCAAUUAUGGAACAUUCACCAUUAAAUCAGAUGUCUGGUCAUUUGGGAUUCUAAUGACUGAAAUCAUCACUUAUGGUCGGAUCCCUUACCCAGGAAUGAGCAACCCAGAAGUCAUCCAAAAUCUGGAACGAGGCUAUCGGAUGCCACAACCGGACAACUGCCCAGAAGAGCUGUACAAAUUGAUGUUGCAGUGUUGGAGGGAUAACCCAGAGCAACGCCCCACUUUUGAGUUCCUGAAAGGGGUCAUGGAGGAUUUCUUCACUGCCACGGAAGUACAAUAUGAGCAGCAGGUGUGAAGAUGCUUCAACCCAAGAUCCGUGGGACACUCUUCUCACAACUAGCAGAAAAGACACUGUUGAAAACUUUGCCUUGCAUCCAAGAUGGUGGGGAGGGGGGUAUGGUGGAAAAGAAGGGCUUUAUUGGGACCCCAAUAACUUCCUGAGAAGUUCAUGGCUCAUCUCUGGAAAACUUCCCCCUUUUUUCAAAAGGAAAAGAAAACCAACAUUCAAAGGUACCCAAAGGCACUGAGACGGAGGGUUCUCACACCAGCUCAGCUGGCGGGAAGCAAGCCUUUUUUUAAUUAUUACUUUUUGCUUCAGCUGCUCUGUAGGAGGCACAUGCACCUGGUAUAAGUGGUAGUCCUUGACUUAUGACCAUGCCGAACCUGGCAAGGGAGGUUGUAAGUUGUGAGAGUCAUAAAGCAAAUCACUCCUGUGACCAGACCUGUUUUAAUGGCCAUUUUGCAGCAGCCAUAAAGCAAAAACUUCAUGUGGUAAUUAAGCAAUUCUAUUUUUGCUAGUUUUUCCCCCCAGAAAUUUAAAAUGAAUGCUGGUUUUCAGCAACAACCAUUGUAAAUGGCAAUCAUGUGAUUGUGGGGGAGAGGCAACAUCAGAACUUCAAAUCUACCAGUAAGUCAUAAGUAGUUUUUCAGGGGCAGGUUGUAAUUUUGAGCGGUGGCUAAGUGACCUGUUGUAAGUUGAGGACUACCUCUACAAAUAAAGAACCACUGUCUAGAAAGCUGUUUCUUAAGGCAAAGGUCCUCUGACUUAAGGCAUUGGAUUUCCUGGGAUUGUUGUGCAACCAGGCCUGGAGGAUGAACAAAGGCAAUAAAAAGUGGCUCCAGGAUGUGGUCAAAAAAGUUAAGAUGGCCGUCACAAUAGUGGUCGAAGCUCCACCUUUUUUUAUUUCUGUGGUGACCCUCAUGAAGAAGAGCUUUGCUUGCACGGUUGUGGCUGCCAUUUUGACUUUUUUGACCACACAUAGGACCUGACAAGGAGGAGGAAGGUGGAGGAGGAAGGAGGAAAGGUAAUUUACAGGUUACUCUAAGUGAGUGCAUUUUUAAAUCAUUGUUUCUUGAACAAGUCACAAUAAUUUUGGGUUCACAUGUGACCUUAAAUCGUGUCUUCCAAAAUCACAGCAGUUACGAAAUUAUAUAAUUUGAUCUUUUCUAUAUAUGCACACAUGCUUAAUACAUAUAACUUAUAC